GUUUGCAUACAAGUCUCAGUGGGUCCACCGAGCCCUCGCGCCGCUCACCCCUGGUUUGUGUAACUCGCGUGUGUGUGUGUGUGUGUGUGUGCGCGCGCGCGCGGGCGUGUGCGUUUGCUCGCUCGCAUCCGUGCCCGCGGCGCAACGCGGGCCAGAAAGCGGGCCGUGGGCGCUGUCAGGCUCGGGGCGGGGGUGCCGGGGCGAGCGUGGGGCGGGAGCCCAGGCUUGGCCCGCCCCGGGAGCCGGCCCCUCGGAGCCUCGGGCCCUGCAAUGGGACGUGUUCUCCUUUAAGAGUUAAGAAACUUGAAACCUUGUUUGCGCAACAAUCAGCGCCGCGGAGCCGCCAAAGUGUCUAGACUGGCAUAUGAUGGGAGGCAGCCAAUGACUCCGCGGCGCUCCUCCGGGGGCCCUCAGUGUGCGUUUGAGGAGAACAAAAAAGAGAGAGAGCCGAGCGGGGGAGCGAGCGAGGGAGCCGAGCCGAGAGAAAGAGCCGCCGGGCGCUGCCUCGCCAGACCUCGCAGGGACCGCGGGGCCACCGGGAGGCACUUUUUGUGGAGGGGGGAGGGGGACGACCUCUGCAACCGCGGCGCCCCGGUCGUCCGAGCGCAGCGUGGGGCGGGCUGCGACCUCUGCCUCGGUGGAUUGCAUUUUUAAUUAAGGAUUCCCAACAGCUCUUGGGAUUUUUACAGUUUCCACUCAAGUGUUGACACCCGCGUUCUGGAGAAACUUGCUCCAAGUGCAUCUAGCGCCUGGGACCUGAGACGGAGUUGGUUCUCGUGCAUGCAAUUCCAGGAUUUUGGUUUUGUUUGGGGUUCUUUUUCUUUCUUUCCUUUUUUUUUGUUUUUUCCUUUUUGCAGGGAGUAAGAAGGAAGCUGAGGGUAUCAACAAGCCUGCCUUUCGGAUCCUGCAGGAAAAGCCCAUGUAGUUAAGCGCUUGGGUUUUAAAGGCAGGGCUGCCCCCGACACAUCUGGAGGGUUCGGCGCGAGCGCUUUGUGCUCAUGGACCAAACGCGCAACUUUUGAAGGCUCGCCGGCCCAUGCGGGGUCUUCCUGGCGCGGCGCCGCCUGCAGUCCCCCUCCAGCGCCGGGGCUGGAGUUGCUGAGUAGCCGGGCCGCCGGGGUCCAUGUAGCCGCUGGCCCCGCGCGGACUGCGGCUCGGCGCGCGCCUGCUCCCCGCCGUCCCGGCCCGGCGAGCUCCCUCAUGUUGCAGCCCCGCGGCGCCCCUUCGACGACAGGCUGUGCGCAAUCUGCACGGCGCCCGGCGGCGGAGCUUCAUGUGGGGCUGCGGCCCGCGCAGCCGGCGCCUCGCUGAGGGAACGGACCCCCGGUAACCGGAGACCGCCUCCCUCCCACCCCCGGCGCCAAAGGAUAUCGUAUGUUCAGGUCCAAACGCUCGGGGCUGGUGCGGCGACUUUGGCGAAGUCGUGUGGUCCCCGACCGGGAGGAAGGCGGCGGCGGCGGCGGCGGCGACGACGAGGAUGGGAGCUGGGGCAGCCGAGCUGAGCCGGCCCCGCGGGCACCAGAAGGCGGAGGCUGCGGCCGCUCCGAAGUCCGCCCGGUAGCCCCGCGGCGGCCCCGGGACGCGGUGGGACAGCGAGGCGCCCAGGGCGCGGGGAGGCGCCGGCGCGCAGGGGGGCCCCCGAGGCCCAUGUCGGAGCCGGGGGCCGGCGCUGGGGGCUCCCCGCUGGACGUGGCGGAGCCGGGAGGCCCGGGCUGGCUGCCCGAAAGUGACUGCGAGACGGUGACUUGCUGUCUCUUCUCGGAGCGGGACGCCGCGGGCGCGCCGCGGGACGCCGGCGACCCCCUGGCCGGGGCGGCCCUGGAGGCGGCGGGCGGCGGGCGGAGUCGCGAAGCCCGCUCGCGGCUGCUGCUGCUCGAGCAGGAACUCAAGACGGUCACGUACUCGCUGCUGAAGCGGCUCAAGGAGCGCUCGCUGGACACGCUGCUGGAGGCGGUGGAGUCCCGCGGCGGCGUGCCGGGUGGCUGCGUGCUGGUGCCGCGCGCCGACCUCCGCCUGGGCGGCCAGCCCGCGCCGCCGCAGCUGCUGCUCGGCCGCCUCUUCCGCUGGCCCGACCUGCAGCACGCCGUGGAGCUGAAGCCCCUGUGCGGCUGCCACAGCUUCGCCGCCGCCGCCGACGGCCCCACCGUGUGCUGCAACCCCUACCACUUCAGCCGGCUCUGCGGGCCAGAAUCACCACCACCCCCCUAUUCUCGGCUGUCUCCCCGCGACGAGUACAAGCCACUGGAUCUAUCUGAUUCCACAUUGUCUUACACUGAAACGGAGGCCACCAACUCCCUCAUCACCGCCCCGGGUGAAUUCUCAGACGCCAGCAUGUCUCCGGAUGCCGCCAAGCCGAGCCACUGGUGCAGCGUGGCCUACUGGGAGCACCGGACCCGCGUGGGCCGCCUCUACGCGGUGUACGAGCAGGCCGUGAGCAUCUUCUACGACCUACCUCAGGGCAGCGGCUUCUGCCUGGGCCAGCUCAACCUGGAGCAGCGCAGCGAGUCGGUGCGGCGCACGCGCAGCAAGAUCGGCUUCGGCAUCCUGCUCAGCAAGGAGCCCGACGGCGUGUGGGCCUACAACCGCGCGGAGCACCCCAUCUUCGUCAACUCGCCCACGCUCGACGCACCCGGCGGCCGCGCUCUCGUCGUGCGCAAGGUGCCGCCCGGCUACUCCAUCAAGGUGUUCGACUUCGAGCGCUCGGGCCUGCUCCAGCACGGGCCCGAGCCCGAUGCCGCCGACGGGCCCUACGACCCCAACAGUGUCCGCAUCAGCUUCGCCAAGGGCUGGGGGCCCUGCUACUCAAGGCAGUUCAUCACCUCCUGCCCGUGCUGGCUUGAGGUCCUCCUCAACAGCCACAGAUAGCGGCGGCCCGCGCCCCACCCCCACCCCGCGCCCCACCGCCCAGAGACACAGCCCCCCCCCACGGACGACACCCCUCCCCCCCAAAUAUCAUCUACCUAGAUUUAAUAUAAAGUUUUAUAUAUUAUAUGGAAAUAUAUAUUAUACUUGUAAUUAUGGAGUCAUUUUUACAAUGUAAUUAUUUAUGUAUGGUGCAAUGUGUGUAUAUGGACAAAACAAGAAAGACGCACUUUGGCUUCUAAUUCUUUCAAUACAAAUAUAUUUUCUUUCUUCUCCUCCUUCCUCCUUUAUUAUUAUUCUUUGGUUUUCGUUUUGUUGUGUGUUUGUGGUUUUGUUUCGUUUUGUUUUGUUCUUGUUUUUGUUUUUUUAAAGAAAACAAUACAGCAGAGCUAGGUGGAAAAGCCUGGGUUUGGUGUAUGGUUUCUCAAAUAUUAAUGCCCAGACAAAAAGCUAAUACCAGUCACUCAUUGAUAAUAAAGUAUUCGCAUUAUGA